CUGAUUCACAGACAACUGUCCCUCAAUCGCAAAUAUUCUUGAUACAUUACGAUUGUGUGCAAAGAUGUAAGGUCAUUCUUAUUCUGAAAAUAAAAGAAAUGUAUAUAUAACUUAUGUGUGAAGUUCAUAUCUUUACAAUCUAAUCAACUAUGUCCAACAAACAUAGGCUAUAGUCAGCUGUAUUAGAUAGGUUCUGAUCUUUUAGCAUCUUGAAAAUGGUUGCAUUAUUAAAUGUUAUUGUUUUAUACAUUGUUUAUCUGUUCUUUGCUACAAGCGAUGGAUUAGAGCAGACUGCAUCGGGGAAAAAAGGGAGCAAUGAAACUUUUGUCUAUUCAUACUUUGUCGAUGACAAUCAUGACAAGCUGGUCGUAGUUCAAAGAAGAGCAGAUAAUAAGAUAACAAAUUGUUUCAUUUUAGGAGACAGUGCACUGAUAAAUGAAAUUUUGGACAAGAUCCCUAAAUCAGAUCAGUACUUAGAGGAUAAAGAUAAGUUGAUGGCCUUAAUCACUGUAUGCAAUGAUGGACAGGCAAAAGGAGUAUUCACGAAAGGAAGUGUCGAAGAUGUCAUAAAUAAGUUUGGACUCUUCAGUGGUUUAUUCUUCUAUCCAGGUACAAAAUGGUGUGGUGCUGGCAAUAUAUCUGUGGAUGAUGAUGACCUUGGAUCAGAAAUAGAGGCUGACAUGUGCUGUCGCGCUCAUGCCCAUUGUAAUGACACCAUUCCGCCCUUUACUGAAAAAUACGGCUUGGAUAACAUUUCACCCGUAACCGUACCCACCUGCGAAUGUGAUGAUUUGUUCCGUAACUGCUUGAGGGAAGCAAGUACCAAGGCAUCUGACCAGAUAGGAAUGAUGUAUUUCAACGUUUUGCCCGUGAAAUGUUUUCGACAAGAUUAUCCAAUCAAAAGUUGUAAAAAGUAUAGCGGCUUGGCUCGCUUUAUAUGUCAGAAAUACGAUUUGGAUUUCAAUAAAGAUCCUACUUACCAGUUUUUUGAUCAUCCUCAUUACGAUUCUUCGAUAUCUGAUGAAGAUGAAGACGAAGAUGAAAAUCAUGAUGUGUAUUCCUAUCUCUUACACAUGGAACAUGAAGACAUGCUAUAUAAGCUCAUGAAAGAUUCUGAAUGAAACCAUUUUUGAGGUUUUUCGCUGAAACAAAGCAUUGUUGUUCUUUUUCUUUAUUUUAUAAAAAAAUAAUAAAGUUUAUUAUCAGGUCCCUCCUUA